AGUAAAUACUUAUUAGUCCUAAAACAAGCCAUGGCAACGUCGGUGGUGUACAGCGACAUGGAAUUAUAUUUUACCACAAAGUAAACAUUCUUGACAACGGCACGAAAUGACUAGUGGUUCAGAGAAACCGAGGAGAUCAGUUGGUUGCAAUUGAGAAGAAAUGGGGAAAAUAUUGUGUGGCAAUUCUCAAGUGACCCCUGAUCUGUUCCCGGAAACACCCCUUGUCCCUUCCCUGCCUGCAAUAUCGUCUGCACGAGCCAGCUCCGUCCCUCAGAAGCCUCGGAGGCACAGCAGCGGCGGAAGUGACAACGCUGUCAGGCCCCGGCCGUUGCGCUUAGCCCCCAGGCCAGGCCCCAGCAGAGGCAGCAUGGAAGUGGGCAUGCGCGUGGUGCGUGGCCUGGACUGGAAAUGGGGAAACCAGGAUGACGGUGAGGGCCACGUGGGCACUGUGGUGGAGAUCGGUCGGCAGGGUAGCACUACCACACCAGACAAGACAGUGGUGGUGCAGUGGGACAGCGGCACACGAACCAACUACCGCACUGGCUACCAGGGUGCCUAUGACCUACUGCUUUAUGAUAACGCUCAAAUUGGCGUGCGCCACUCCAACAUUAUCUGUGACAGCUGCAAGAAGCAUGGCAUCAUGGGAAUGCGAUGGAAGUGCAAGGUGUGCUUCGACUAUGACCUGUGCACCCAGUGUUACAUGAACAACAAGCAUGACCUGAGCCAUGCUUUUGAGCGUUAUGAGACAGCACACUCCCAGCCUGUGAGCUUGGCACCGAGGCAGAACCUCCCACGAAUCAUCCUAAAAGGAAUCUUCCAGGGGGUUAAAGUGGUUCGUGGACCUGACUGGGACUGGGGCAACCAAGACGGUGGGGAGGGUAAGGUUGGGAAGGUAGUGGACAUUCGCGGCUGGGACACAGAGUCUGGUCGCAGCGUGGCUAGUGUCACCUGGUCUAAUGGCACGACCAAUGUCUACCGAAUGGGGCACAAGGGCAAGGUAGACCUCAAAUUCGUGUCUGAUGGCCAAGGAGGCUUCUAUUACAAAGACCACCUACCAAAAUUAGGAGAGCAUGCAGAGCUGCAGCGCCAGGAGAGUGCUGAUGGUCACUCCUUCCAGCAGGGCGACAAGGUCAAAUGUCUCUUGGAGGUGGACAUUCUGCGACAGAUGCAGGAGGGCCACGGAGGGUGGAACCCCAAAAUGGCAGAGUACAUUUGCCGGAUUGGGACUGUUCAUAGAAUCACUGACCGAGGGGAUGUCAGAGUCCAGUACAGCAACAACAUCCGCUGGACUUUCCAUCCUGGGGCUCUCACCAAGGUGAACACAUUUGGAGUCGGUGAACUAGUAAGAGUAUUGGAGGACAUGGAGAGUGUGAAGAGACUGCAGGCUGGCCAUGGAGAGUGGACAGACAGCAUGGCUCCUGUGCUUGGCCAGGCUGGGAAGGUAUUGAAAGUAUACGCGGAUGGUGACCUAAGGGUGGCGUUUGGAGGCCAGACAUGGACUUUCAACCCAGCGUGCCUCUCGGCCCAGCCCGUGGAGGUGGACGCCAACCUCAUGACAGCCGAGAACCCCAACGAAUCUGGAAGUACUGUCAUCUCAGUGUUGGAGAAGCUGCUGUCUCAGUCCACAGAGCAGGACAAUCCCAGCCGACUGGUCAUUGAGGCAGCACACGGCAGUGCCAACAAAGUGCGGGAGUUGGUGCAGAAGUAUCCUGACAAGGUGGAUAUAAAGAACCAGGGCAAGACUGCACUGCAGGUUGCUGCUCACCAAGGCCACAUGGAGGUGGUGAAGGCCCUGCUGCAGGCCAACGGCUCCAUAGAGGUCAAGGAUGAAGAUGGAGAUACAGCAUUACACUACACUGCCUUCGGUAAUCAGGCAGAGAUUGCACGGCUGCUGCUGAGCAAGGGGGCAAAUGUCAACCUCCUAAACAACUCCAUGUGCACGGCGCUCCACAUUGCCGUCAACAAGGGCUUCACCGAUGUGGUGCGAGUAUUGACCGAACAUUCAGCUGAUGUCAAUCUCCAGGAUUCAUAUGGGGACACACCGCUCCAUGACGCCAUUGCUAAAGACUUCCGCAAUAUUAUCGAGAUCCUGGUUGUGGUGCCCAACAUUGACUUUACCCAGCAAAACCACAGAGGUUUCAACUUGCUGCACCAUGCUGCCCUCAAAGGAAACAAACUGGCCACAGAAAAGAUCCUGGCCCGAGCACGGCAGCUGGUGGAUGUUAAGAAAGAGGAUGGCUUCUCUGCGCUGCAUCUGGCCGCCCUCAACAACCACCGCGAUGUUGCGGAGAUCCUCAUCAAGGAGGGACGCUGCGACAUCAACAUCCGCAACAACCGGAACCAGACACCGCUGCAGCUGGCGGUGACGCAGGGCCACAUGGACCUGGUGCAGCUGCUGGUGGCCGAGGGCGCCGACGUCAACAUGGAGGAUGAGGACGGUGACACGGCCAUGCACGUGGCCCUUCUUCGCCCGCAGCUGGCCAAUGUUAUGCUAAGCCCCACCGUGGGAACCAGCAGCACCGAGGAAAACAGUGAAGGGUGCUCCUCCACAUCGCUGUACUGCAGGCUGAGCGCUUCAGGUCUUCUGGGGAAUACCGAGCUGAGUGUUGGUGCAGCUAUUGCUUGUUUUCUAGCACAGGAAGGGGCUGACAUCAACUAUGCCAACCACAAGGGCAAGAGUCCGCUGGACCUGGUGGCAGACAGCGCGAUGCUGCAGCUCAUCAAGAGCUUCUCUGAGAAACACAGGUUGCAGCGUCUGCAGGCCAUCACGUGUGGACAGGGCCUGAGCAGUGCCAGCUUGCGUCGGGUCCACACAACACCCAACACCAUGACCAACCUGGUUCUUCCCACACUACCAGGGCCCAGCGAAUGCCUGAUCUGCUCUGAGCUGUCUCUGCUGGUUCUCUUCUGCCCCUGCCAGCACAGCGUGGCCUGUGAAGAGUGUGCCCAUCGAAUGAAGAAAUGCAUCAAAUGCCAGGUCACAAUCACCAAGAAAAUUAGACAAGACCAAACGGAGGUUGACUGCAGUCCUGGCACAGAGAACUCGGACCAGCACAACCUGCUGGAGCAGCUGCAGUCUCGCUACCGCCAGAUGGAGGAGCGGAUCACCUGCCCCAUCUGCAUCGACAACCACAUCAAGCUGGUCUUCCAGUGUGGACACGCGUCCUGCAUUGACUGCAGCGCUGCGCUCAAGACCUGCCCGAUUUGCCGGCAGACCAUCCGCGAGCGGAUCCAGUUAUUCGUCUAAGCUUCUCUGUCCUCUCAGCUCUUAACGACCCAAAGAGGAUGUCGAAGGGGGCUAGA